UGUUUACAUCCUAGCCAUAGGUAAAUCGAGAAGAUACAAGUCGAGUCGGGGACAUCGCAUCUCAUAUGCACAGGAUUUAACUGUCGGCGAAGAACUCAAGCAUUGCACGACUAGACCUGAGAUCAGCUUGCUGAGGGGCGCUGUCUGGAUUCGCUAUGGAAGGACUGACUCAAGGCACUAGCGCUGUCAUGUUGAUAACAGUGAUGAUGUAUGCCCAGCCUGCGUUUACGGCUAAUGCCGACAACAUGCUCAAUGGUGACUGUGGACUGCGGUGGGUGAAUGUGAACGCCGACAAGAGUACACUGAAGGAAGCCAAGAAUACUGACCGCUGGGUCGAGCACACCUGCAAGGUCGUCUACAGGGCUUUAAAAAGCACAGACACUCUUUACCUGAUCUUCAGAAAGUUCGAUGUGGAGGACUGUAACGUGAAACUAGAUGUGUUCUUUGGUGGAGAGAACGCAAAGAAGGAAUACGACUGCAAUAAUUCUCCAACCAUUGAUGAGGCAUACUACCAAGAGGGAGAGUACAACGUAACCUUGCUACUCCAAAAGGCAGACCAAGCAAAAAAGGCGUUUUCCUUCCAAGUCGAACUUACUACAAAUUCUAGUGUUUUGUCACCUGCAACGUCUCCCAUGAAUGAAAAGAUGUCCUUGCUGACCGUCUUGUUCCUUGGACUCGCUGCGCUGGCUAUCAGCUUUGUUUGGAACAAGUAGCUUGUUUGUCGAGAGCGCAUCUGUUAAACCAUAGGAAAUCGGAUUUUCAGCCUGACAUAUUUCGAUGAGAAAACUGUAUACAUGUGAGCGAUAUAUGGAGAUCUGGGGCUGAAUGUUCAAUAGGAAGGAAUUUCCCAAUGCUCACUUUUCGUGGAUCGUUAAGUCACCCUGGUGAUAGGUAUAUAGGUGUGGGUACUACAUUACGCCAGUUUCCACACCCGUUUGAGUCAAUUAUAUUUAUGGAGCUUAGCGAGGGAAGGGGAUGGCUAUCAGCAUAUAUUAUUAAAGGUUAGCAUAUAGGUUUGCUGAUUUCAAACACUGAAGAGGGUUUGACCUACACUUGAUACGAUAAGUACUAUUUGUUCAAAACCAUAAUUCGAGACCUUCUUAAAUCUGUCAGUAUACCACGUUCGAGAUUAUUAUUCGCAAAGUGCAACUUGCACAACCUGGUCAGGAAGCGCACAAAAAGUUAGAAAACCUGUCAAAACAUUAACAGUUAAUGUUAAACGGGUGUAAAAUUGGUCUUACAUAGGUGCUAUAGAUGAUUACCUUUCAAUCUUUUCACUAUUUACCAUUCCUUUGUAUCUUCUGGUCUCAGUACACUGUAUGAUACUAAUUUACCAUGUGCGGUUUAACAGAUACAUUUUCAUAAACCCAAUAUAAUUAGUAAAUACGCUAAUUACAUUGGAGUAGCCUCAAGAGCACACUGUAUUACACAAGAGGCAACGCAUACACAGUUGGAUAUCGUCGAAGCAUGGUGCACGGGUACAGAACAAUAUUAAGAAAGUACAGCUCACAUUGUUGUUAAAGCUUGCACAGAAUCCUUGGAAUAAUAGCACAAGCUUGAAAAUUAACUUGACUGAAAGAUCCGAGACAAAUUAUCUUCAAAUCAUGUAAUAACAUUUCCAUGCAAUACGUGUUAUCAAAUUCAAUACAGUAAAGUUAACUCCGUUUGAAUAUGCAUUAUUCAAUGUAUUAAAAGCAUAACUAAUAUAGACACGAAUGUAUGCAUGUGGCCUACGCCGCAAAUGCUUUAGACCAUAUCAUAUUUCACUCCAGAAGCCGCAAACCUUAAUUUUGCCAUGAAACAGUCUACAGUACAGCAGCACCAAGAAAGAGCCUGGUAUUGGCCAGCUGCAGUGCAUGCUUUCUGAGGUUGCGCGGUGAAAACAACCGAAAAUGCAUAGUUAGCCAUUUAUUGGAAUCGCUCGAACGCUUCAUAAUUUAACAAAUCUCCAUAUAAUUGAAAACGAAUACUCCAGGUUUGUUUAAAGGCGCCUUUAACCAGCGAUACUGCUGCAUGAUCGACAUGCGUUACUAUACAGCGAGCACCACACUGCAGGUCUCAUGAUGGAAUGUAGUCCUAUUUUGGUUAGCUUGUUAUUUUUUCCCCUGCGUUGUACUGUGAUGAGGACUGCCGUCUGGCAUAGCUAGCACGUGGGAUAAGAACACAAAUGAAUGUGGAGAAGUGGCUCUUUUUAGGGUUCCGAGGCAGGUUUCCCUGAUAUAUAGGGCGUAUAGGUAGAGAUAUAAGUCUAUUCAUAUGUCUGUAGAAGGGGUGGAAGAAAACAAUAAUCUCGCCAUACACCCCUUGUAAAUACACUUACCAACAAACACUGGGAUAUGGGUGUAUAGUAAAAAUAAACCACAUAUAUAUGAGUAUCAUACCAAACGUUUAUAUAUGUUUUGGGGCAAACUGAUCUCUUUGUUUUUUUUCUGGCAUUUCAUUUUAUGCACAAAUGCAUGCAUAUUAUCUGACCUAUCUAUUUAUAACACUUACCAAAAGACUCAAAUUAUCUUGCCAUACCUGCAUUAAAAUCGAUAUACACUCAUAUAUGAUAAUCACAUAUACAUAAGGUUAUAAAUAUUGGUGUAAAUAUGUGUGUGUAUCACAGAAGUAUACAUCAGGAAUAGAUUAGAAAAAGAAACUUAUAGGUGAAGGAAACAGUAGUUGUUAUUCUUCAAUUAAGUGUAUGGCAUGGGCUGUAGAAAUUUGCAGUGACACACCAAUGGCCAUAUUGCUCAACGGCGCUUAUAAACCACGCCUGACGAAGCCUUUGAGUUGUACAGUGUAAGAAAUAACUAACGAGAAACGUUGAUGAAGUGAAGGAAAAAACCACCUGAGAUAAGCUAGACUGUAGUGAUGCGAAAUGGUGAUGGUGCAAUCUGCAUGUACGUAUAAAUGCCUUAACUAGUGGAGCGCAACAUGGACUUGAUCACAUUGUUCCCGAU